UCGUUUCUGUCGAAAACUGACGCGCUCACAGCACACCGAUACCCUCACUGUCAUCGCCCCGCAAUCUCGUCGAGUCAUUCCUCACCCAUCAAGCUCGUCCAUCCCACGACCCUCAAGCUCGCCGCAGCUCAGAAAUCUUUGCUUCUUGCCGCUCGUCCCUUCGACUCCUCCCUCUUAUCUCAAGCUCCUCCCUGCUCUUCAGCUGAGGGUAUUUUGAGAUGUCAACAUUAGGUAACAGUGAGGCUGCCUCUGUUUCUCGGCCAUCUGAGAGUUUUGAAGGCUAAUUUAUUGGGAAGUGAAGAAAUGUUACGGCCAUAUGGGAUAAAGGGGCAGAAGCGGAAGAAGAGAGAGGAGAGAUAUGAUAAAGAGGAAGAUGAAGUGGAAGCCGAAGAGCAAUCCAUAGAAAGAGCGAAAAGAGCUAUGGUUGAAGAAAAAGAAAUGGCUAUGGAAACCAGCGGGAAGGAAGAAGAAGAAUUAGAAGGGCAAACACAUGAAAUGGCAGGCAUCCCAAUUGUUCCCAGUGAUUUAAAAACAAAAAAGCCUGGGCUUAUAUUUGUGCUUGAGAGGGCCUCUUUGGAAGUUGCUAAAGUUGGAAAGAGUUACCAGAUUUUGAAUUCUGACGAUCAUGCAAAUUUCUUGUGGAAAAAUAACAAAAAUCCAGCUGAUUAUAGGCCUGAUAUUGUUUAUCAGGCUCUCCUAUCAAUAUUAGAUAGUCCAGUAAAUAAGGCUGGGAGGUUGCGAGCUGUGUAUGUGAAAACAGAUAAGGGUGUUCUUUUUGAAGUUAAACCACAUGUGCGUAUACCAAGGACAUAUAAACGAUUUGCUGGAAUUAUGUUGCAGCUGCUUCAGAAAUUGAGUAUAACUGCUGUUGGUAAGCGUGAGAAGCUUUUGCGUGUAAUCAAGAAUCCUGUGACCCAGUACCUGCCUGUCAACUCUCGUAAAAUAGGGUUCUCAUAUAGUUCAGAAAAACUGGUUAAAAUGAACAAGUAUGUAGCUGCAGUCAGUGAUGAUGUGGAUAUUGUUUUUGUGGUUGGUGCAACGGCCCAUGGAAAAAUUGAUUGUGAUUAUAUAGAUGAUUUCAUAGCAAUUUCUGGAUAUCCGCUGAGCGCUGCCUGGUGUAUCUCAAGGAUUUGUGAGGCUGUGGCUGACAAAUGGGAUGUAUUGUAAGCUGUUAUUGUUUAAAGUCGAAUGAGAGCUGGUUGUUGCCCGACUGCCAUUUUUUUCCCCUCAACCAUGAGCAGAAUUACAAAAGUUGAAGAUUAUCGUGAGAUGCUGAAACUAAAAGUUAGAAUAGAAUAGUUGCAGAUAUAGCGAAAUCACCAAGGUUGCCCAUUAGAGUAAUUUCUUAUCUAUCACCUUAUCGAUUAUUUAUGUAGCAGUAUUCUUGCGUAUAUCAUUUAAUAUUUGUUAUGAAUUUCUGAUUAAAUAACUCAUUUUAAGAAAAUAUUUUUUAAACUAAAUUUCCUCUGUUUCUUGUUAA